CUCCUGGCCCUCCACGCCGUCGAGAAGCAGCACGCGGGGACCUACUUCUGCGAGGCGUCCAACGAGGCGGGGGUCCACUCCAGCUAUAUCAAGGUUAUUGUGGAGAGCGCCGACACCAUCCGGCUUCCUUCGAGCGAACUGCCUCACACGGAUGAGAUUCUCAGUGACAUCGCCACCUCCUUCAGCGACGUCCUGGCGGAGGGCGAGUGCAAGUGCGACACCGUGUUCCUGCUGCACGCGUCGACGGAGGCUCCGGCGGACACACUCGCGGCGCAGGCCAACCUCAUCCACACCAUAGGGAGCACCAUAAUCUCGGAGACGAUGCGCGUGGGCCUCGCCAUGUACUCCGACCACGUGACCCAGAAGCUGUCCCUGGGGAGGGGCGUGCACCACUGCGCCCUCAGGGAUGCCUUCAGGGACCUGUCGCACCCGAGGUUCCCGACGCGCCUCGAGCCCGUCCUCAGGGAGACCUUCAAGAAGUUCAAGAAGUCCAAGGCGCCAUGCAAGGUCUUGUUCCUCCCCAUCUUCGGCUCGGCUGGGAAGGAGGGAGCGGACGUCACUGCGGCCAAACAGCUGCAUAAGCUCGGCGUGAAAAUCUUCAUCUUGGAAGUGACCCCAGAGCCCAUCGAAGGCAUAAGCGAGAUGGCCUCCAAGCGCGGGGACGGCCGGCCAUACCACUGGCACAUCCCCCUUCACAUCUGGCCGACUAUUGUCAUUUACAUGAAGUAUAUGACGGAAGAAAUCGAAGGUUGCAUGGUGGAAGACCAGGACGUCCCCGGAGAGUGUGUUGGCGUAGGACAGCCCUGCACCACAGACAACAUGUGUCGCGGGGCAGGCUAUGGCUGCUUCGACGGACUGUGCAAACCCCUGGAGUGCAAUGUGGAUACCUCAGUUGCAGGGUGCUGUGCCAGCCCGGGCCAGUACUGGUGUGGCGAUGUUACCAGACACUGCACGAGCAUGAGCAGCGUCUGUGACGGCCGAGUGCAGUGCAUGAACGGUGCCGACGAGGACAGAUGCUGGUCAAACCCUUGCCCAGAUGACAAAGUUGCACGAUGCCAGAGCAGCACGCUUUGCCUGGACCUCAUGGAUCUCUGUGACGGAGAGCCGGCGUGCCCAGGGGGGGAGGACGAAGACCCUCGCUUCUGCCGUUCCUUCCCAUGCCCCAUGAACAGGCCUUUCAGGUGCCGAAGUGGCAAGUGUAUCCAGAAGCAAAGCCUCUGUGAUGGAACCUUCAAGGAUUGCGAGGAGGGUGAAGAUGAGGCCCUGCAGUACUGCGAUCAGAUCCACGUAUGUCCUGAGAGUAAGCCGUUCAAGUGUGACUACGGGAUUUGCAUUCAGGAGGAGAUGCUUUGCGACGGGUCCUACAACUGCCUCGAUGCUAGCGAUGAGCUUCUCUGUGGCAAGAAGAGCUGCCCGGCCAGUCGACCCUUCAAGUGCCUAGAUGGCGUCUGUAUUUCAAUGGAUAAGGUCUGCAAUGGGGUUGUGGAUGGAUGCCAAGAUGGAGGGGACGAGAAAAAUUGCACAGCGAUACCCUGUCCUGUUGACCGCAGUUUUAAGUGUAAAAGUGGCCUGUGUAUUGACAGCUGGCUGGUUUGCAACAGGAACAACGACUGCCCAGACGGAAGCGAUGAAGAGAAUUGCGGCCACACAACUCCCGCACCAUCCACCACAGCUCGCACAACCUCCACUACUGUUGGGGUUACACAACCUUCUUGCGCCAGCGACGAGUUCCUCUGUGACACUACCGGGGCUUGCAUAUCAAUGGACAAUGUGUGUGAUGGUCGUAGAAACUGUGCUGGCGGAGAGGAUGAGGUAGACUGUUCUGCGAGACCCUGCCCCCCUGCCCGAAACUUCCGCUGUAAUGACGGAACUUGUGUCUCUUCCGACACUGUUUGUGACGGUUUCUCGGACUGCAAAGAUGAAUCUGACGAGAUUAAUUGCACACAUACAGAGGAGGAUUUCUAUGAGGAGGAAGAUGAAUACUAUUAUGAAGAAAAAGGGGAAGAGAAGGAUGGGGAGGAAGAUGUUCCACGGCCGAUCUUCACCACAACU